AUGACCGGGUUAACUGUAAGACGCAAGCGAUCUCGAGGUCUGACACCGCACAAGCAGUCAUUUGACGCAGCGGUUGUUUUCAGGCGGGAUGAUGUGCCAGCACUUCCUAAAAAACCUCUCCAAGACGAAGAAGGCAAUGGUACACCUCAUGAUCCGUUUCGGUUGCCCUUACGAAAUGAACCCAAUGAAAAUGGGUGCCACCAUUGCUUCACGAAGCGUUGUUUUUGUGUUCUUUUUGAUCGCAUGUUGAAUCAUGUUUACAGUAACUUAUAUUGCAAACGCAUCACAGAAGUUGCAGGUUCACGCCACUUAUGUGCAAAAUCACUUUUGCCAACGUUCGUCUCUCGAAUGGUACGUUUGAUGGAAGUAAAAUCUGAAGAUACAUUUUAUGACCUCGGAUGCGGUAACGGAUCCGUUCUAUUUCAAGUGGCUUUUCUAACAGGUGCUCGGUGCGUGGGAAUCGAGAUUAGUGAGCACAAUGCCAAUGUUGCAAAAACUGCUUGGGAGAGCCUUAAACCACAAUUAGAGUCUAUUUCUGGAAGAAAAAUGCCCGAUUUGAAAAUAAUAGCUGCGGACAUGACAAGAGUGCUUGCCGAAAAGACGAUGUUUAAUGAAGAAGGUGGGAAAACAGCGAUAUUGCUAUCUAAUCUACUGUUUCCAAAAUCACUAACGCACUAUCUUUCAGAGCGUCUUCGUCGUGUUCCAAGUGGAACACGAAUUCUUUGUUUUGAUGAUCUUUAUCCACAUAGCCGUUCCGUCGCCGCGAUUCGAGAUCCAGAGGCUUUUGAGAUUUUUUCCAUGAUGGAUUACCGCUGGCAGGAGCGUAGUGUGGAAUGGUGCUCAAUGGAUGGGCCUUUUUACAUUCAUCGACGAAAUUGA